AUGGUUACCACUCGCGUUCCGAUUGCAACCUCUCCCUUAUGGAAUUUGGUAGAUUUACCCUUCCCAGGGAUCGAACUUGGGGCCUUUGAACGAAGUUCAGAAGGAUGCCAGUCCACUGACCAUCAGGAAGAUGGCAAUGGUUUGGGUGGCUGUUGUGGUGGUUAG